UUAAACACACGAGAAGAAGAAGACGAAGCAGUAGACGAAGAAGAAGACAGACAAACAUGGGGGCACGCGUUACGCGUAUUUUUAAAAAUUUCAAUCUAGAGAAUCGGGUGGAACGAGAAAUUUCCAGAGAAAAGCCGCGUCCGGCGCCUCGACACGAAGGCAACGUCUCGCCUCAGGCCGACAACGCUGACGCAGUGAGCCAGAAAAACGAGCCCUUGCUUUCUCUCCUCAAGUCUGUUUAUGUAGAGUCGACAGAUCCAGCCGCAGCCGCAGCAGCAGCACAGACACCAGUGGAGGUGACAGUGGAGCGACGGCCACUCAGGUUCAGUUUACCAGGGGACCCCUAUGGUGUGGUCGAGCUCAAAGACGUUGCUAAAGGCAAACUGACUAUCACUGAGGCUCUGAAGGCACUCGGAAGCCACCAGCAUCAGCCGCAGACAUGGACGCCAGAAAAGAUUGCACAGGAGUAUUCUUUGAACUUGAAUGACACAAAAGCUCUUCUACAGUUCUUCAUCCCCUUCCAGAUUCAGAUCAUCCCACCCAAGACUGAAAAUGCUAAGCAGAUAAGGGCUUCCUAAAACCUUUGGUCAUAGCUAUCUAUGAUCAGAUUGAAUUAUGCACUUUGCUGGUGUUGGGGGACUGUUGGCAUUUGAAACUUAGAGGCAGUGUUGACAAAGCUGGUUAUGUAGUAGCCGUAAGUAUGUAAUAGCAGAUUGUCAUAGUUAUGUUAAAUCUAGAACUAAGGAUCGCUAAUCCCCAAUUAUAAUGUAAUUGUUCCACAAUAAAAUUGCAAUAAAUAAGUGCAAAAUAAGA